CUCCUCUCUCCCUCUGAUCAGUGGGUGAGAGAGGGGGGAGACAGCAGCACACAGCGGAGAACCCGGCGUUCGCCUCCGGUAAAAAAAACAACCGCCCCGCGUUCACACCUUCACGCGCCGUUACGCAUGUGGACGUCCAGCCUCACCCUGCUCUCUGUUUCUGCCCCUUCCAGUGGUCAUCCUCUGGUCGGAUCGUCCUGUGCAUCUCACCUGGAUCCUGACUCUGAAUGACGGGCGGAAGGUUUGACUUCGACGACGGUGGCACUUACUGCGGGGGGUGGGAGGAUGGAAAAGCCCACGGACACGGCAUCUGCACCGGACCCAAGGGCCAGGGCGAGUACGCGGGGUCCUGGUCGCACGGAUUCGAGAUAGUGGGGGUGUACACCUGGCCCAGCGGGAACACCUACCGGGGCUACUGGUCCCAGGGGAAGCGGCAUGGACUCGGUGUGGAGAAUAAGGGGAAGUGGAUGUACCGCGGGGAGUGGAGUCAUGGCUUUAAAGGGAGAUACGGGAUCCGCCAGAGCCACAACACACCUGCGAGAUACGAUGGCACCUGGAGCAACGGGCUGCAGGACGGGUACGGGAUCGAGACCUACGGAGAUGGCGGUACCUAUCAGGGUCAGUGGAUGGGGGGGAUGCGACACGGUUACGGCGUGCGUCAGAGCGUCCCGUACGGCAUGGCGACUGUUAUCCGCUCUCCUCUGCGCACCUCCUUGGCCUCGCUUCGCUCCGAGCAGAGUAACGGCAACGUGCUGCAGGACCUCUCCUCGCCCGGCGACGCGCCCGCAGGCAGUCGCGGCGGCUUCGUGCUGAACUUCCACUCCGACAGCGAGGUCGUCACCAAGAAGAAGGGCCUCUUUCGUCGCGGAUCGCUGUUCGGGAGCCUCCGGCAGCUCAGGAAAUCUGACUCUCGGACGUCCAUCUCCAGCAAACGCAGCUCCGCGAGAAGUGACGCCGCAAUGAGUCGCAUCAGCUCAAGCGACGCCAACUCCACCAUCUCUAUCGGUGACGGAGAGCUGCCGGACGAGGAUUUACCACUGGAGGACCACGUGGACGCCACCACCACCGAGACCUACAUGGGCGAGUGGAAGAACGACAAGCGAAACGGAUUUGGAGUUUCGGAGAGAUCCAACGGGAUGAAGUACGAGGGGGAAUGGCUGAACAACAAGCGCCACGGGUACGGGUGCACGGUUUUCCCAGAUGCCACCAAAGAAGAAGGGAAGUACAAAAAUAACGUGCUGGUGCGUGGAAUAAGGAAGCAGUUGAUUCCUCUUAAAAACCCCAAAACCAAAGAGAAGGUGGACCGAGCCGUGGAGGCGGCGCAGAGAGCGGCAGCCAUCGCCAGGAGUAAAGUGGAAAUAGCUGCUUCCAGGACGGCUCAUGCCAGGACAAAAAGCGAAGCUGCAGAUCAGUCCGCCAUCUCUGCCGUGCACGACUCAGAAAUCGCCCGAGCCGUCGCCAGAGAGCUCGCCCCGAACUUCUACCAACCAGGGCCUGACUACAUCAAACAGCCUCAGAAGGAGCCAGUGGAUAUUAAAGAGGUCCCUGUUGAAAAGACGGAGAAACCCAACAAAGAUUCUCCCCAAUUCUACCGAAAAGGCACGACUCCCCCUCGUUCCCCCGUGGCAAAUGCCGUGGUCACGCCUCCCCCCUCGCCUCACUCCAGCAAGAAGAAGAAGGAUCAGCUUCCCAACAGCAGCAGCAGCCGCAAAACCAGCAAGGAGGAGAAACCCUCCCGGAAAACCAGCAAGGAGGAGAAACCCUCGCAUAAAACAAGCAAGGAGGAGAAGACGAAGUCAGGCAGGAAGUUGAGUAAAGAGGAAAGAGUCCCUGUUGCUGAGGCUCCCCCAAAACCUGCUAAAUCUCAGCCUCCCCCUGCAUCUGUAUCUCCUCCUCCUUCAGUCCCUGUUAAUGGAGAGGUCCAUAGUGAGUACCACAGCUACUACGUCAAAGCCCCAACGAGGGUCCGUCCACCCCCAGACCCCGAGGAGGAUAGAGAAGAAGAGCCAACCAUCCUGGAUCUGGCACGAAUGCCCCCACAGCCCCCAAAAUCCUACAGCAUCACUCCGAAACCUUCUCUACGGGAGAACAAGAGCGACCCCAAACUCAGGAAGCAGGAUUCCCUAAAGCCAAAGAGCCUCGCAGACGCAAAGAAAGCCAGCAUGGAGAUCGCAGACAGCAUGGAGGAGACAGGUCCUAACUCGGUCCUUGUUGCUAUGGUUAUGCUGCUGAAUAUUGGCCUUGCAAUUAUAUUUGUCCAUUUUCUGACAUGAUGAUGCUGUUUCUCAGUGAAACCUUCGCGACCGGUACAGUUGCAUCGCCGGCCUUGAAAAAAGAAAAUGGCGCCCAGUGAGACACGGGGUGGCGGCCGUAGGAGAAUCAGGAAGUGAAGGUGAAGGCCCCCCCCAAAAAAACACCACCCUGUCAGGGGCCUUUUCUUCGGGGGCCACACCUGUCGAUUAGCAGCUCCUCCUGGGGGGGAAAUGUCGUGUCUAGUGAGAUGAUAAAUAAAAAUAAAAAAAGUUUAAAAAUGCCACACAGUGUGGGAAACGGACGGUCGCAGGAGUGUGGAGAUGCACUUUGAAAUAUGACGGGAGCAAACAGCUGCCUUUCUAUUUUGCCAUCUGACGUUUUGAUGGGGAGAUGUGAGAAGGCGACCCUUUUGGGGGGGGGGGGCAUCGCUGAGGGAGGGACUCGUUUUCUGGGGUUACACCAAAUCCUGCAAGAGGAAACUGCUCCACGGUCACUCAGUCUUACUCUGUUCACACAACUCCCUCCACCGUUACCCAGGAUGCACUGCUCUGAAACCUCCCCGUGCAUGGUACAGUUUUAACAUCUCGUUUGAUUUAUUUUUGUUCGUUGUUGAAUGUUGCUAGUAGUUGAAAAAGGAACAUUUCUCCCCACUCUCAUUUAGUUUCCCCCCUUUUUUGUUUUAUUAAGUUGUAAUUUGACAUUACACGUUACUGAAAGUGCAAUAUGUUUUAUUUUUUCAAAGAAAAGCUUAUAGUAUAUUUUGCCAAAAAGAAAAAAGAAGGGGGGGUAUAGUAAUAUAUUAAAGAAAAUCCUUAUUUUCCAUUUAUUUUGUCAGACUCUCAUCAUUUAAAUUCUCUGGUUUUGAGCCGGUUGUGUUGAGGGAGGAGGUUUAAAAGCUACGUAGCUCUGAGAGAGUGAAGUAACAAAUGUCUUAUGUUAUUUAUUAAACCAGAAGGAAGGAAAUGAAGCCGUUUGAGUUCCUCUGUCCUUUUCUUUUUGAGUUGAAUGUCUCCACUAAAAUGCAAAGACUGGGUGGGUCAGGUGGAUCAGGAAGUUGGGUUUAUUCAGGUCGAGGCCAUGGGGAAUGUGGCGCCAGGGAGAGAUGCCUUUAAAAAGUCUUUAACAGAACUUCUGUUUACCUCAGAAAGAGAUGAGGAAGGGGGGAGGGGAAGAGAUGCCGUCCUUGUCUUAACUUUGUCGCCGUGCGGGGGAUAUUCGACUGUUGUCAUCGCCUGACUCACGCUUUAGAGCCUCUGUUUGUAGUCUUUGUUGCAGAAAUGGCAUGAGUUUCUUUGAUUUAAAAAAAAAAAGUGGUUAUUUAUAUGCAUUUUUCUGUCAUCACGACCGAGGUUAAUUAUUUAUUCAAUGUACAAUCGAUGGUCAUCAUUCAAAAACAAAAAGGGCUUUCUAUGGUUUUAUUUGCUGCACACAUCACAUAUUCAGAUAUUAGCAAACAAUAUAUUAAAAUGUGGACAUCAACGCAGACCAGGACACUAAAUUAUUUAAGAUUUUAUGACAAAAUGUGAUGCAUUUUUUUUCACCCUCUUUUUGCCACGCCCUCUUUUCUUGUUUUAACGUCUUCACGCGAGCGCGGUGGAGCUUCGGAGGGUUUAACAGAACAGUUCAUGGGAUAUUUUUGGAAAUGCAGCAUUGCAUGUUGGAGUCAUUUAUAUAUAGAUUAUUAUAUACUAUUUGUAAGGAUUUUUACAGAGCACAAUCCAGAAUCUGGUAUAUGAGUUGGUAUUUUUCUAACAAUUUGCACACCUGUAUUUUGACAAUGAAUAUAACUUGUUUGUAAUUGGUAAUGUAAUGCACAUAUGAUAAUGUUUGACAGUGGAUAAAAACAUACUUUAUUUCUAAUUGGUUGUACUGUAUGUACCAUUUUGGGGAUGUGAAAGGCAGAUGUAUUGUUUGAGUAUUUUCGGAAAUGACGAGGAACUGCGGGAGACUUUUGAUAUCUCAAGGUUCAUGUUACCCCACUGAUUUGUGCAAAGUCUUUGGAGAUGAAGUUAUGUGUAUAACAAUAAAGAUGUUAUGCCUUGUUAAAA